AUGGCCGCACCAGGCCAGUCGGCGCCCAAGCAAUGGGGUGUGAGUCCGCCGAUCUCCACUGCGCUACCGGAGCCUCUAGACAACGAGAAGACGGCCGAGUUGAUUGAAGAGCUGAAGCGGGAGAACAACUACGAACCGAUGGACGAGACGAAGAAGAGGAUGAGCACACUGGCGCUCUUGAACAGAGUCACUCAGGAAUUUGUGCGCGAGGUUAGCCGGAGACAGCGAUUGCCGCCAUCUCAAAUCGACCAGUUCGGAGGCAAGAUAUACCCAUACGGUAGUUACCGCUUGGGAGUGUUUGGGCCAGGAUCUGAUAUAGAUACUCUUGCGGUCGCUCCCAGACAUGUCACUCGCGAAGACUUUUUCGAAUACUUUCCUGCGGUGUUGGAACGGAUGGCCGGCCCUGGCGCGGUGACAUCCUUGACGGCCGUGCCCGACUCGUUCGUUCCUAUCAUCAAGCUGGUUCUCAACGGUAUCGAGAUCGAUCUCAUCUUUGCCUCCAUUGCCUCACUCCAAACCAUUCCCAAAGAUCUUACCCUGAAUGACAAUAACCUGCUUAUGGGUCUGGAUCAACCCACAGUUCGAGCAGUUACAGGACCGCGUGUAACCGAUGAGAUUCUCUCCUUGGUACCGGAACACAAGACUUUCCGCACUGCACUGCGUGCUAUCAAGUUGUGGGCACAAAGAAGAGCCAUCUACGCCAAUAUUGUUGGCUAUCCGGGUGGUGUCGCAUGGGCGAUGUUGGUUGCUCGAGUCUGUCAACUAUAUCCGCACGCGGUUGGUGCUACGAUCGUCGACAAGUUCUUCUUCGUCAUCAGCCAUUGGGACUGGCCCACCCCGGUCAUGCUGAAGGAUAUCGAACAGCUGAAAAAUGCGGACCUGAACAAAGGCUUUAGGGUCUGGAAUCCGGCCAUUUACCCAGGUGACCGCAAGAACAUCAUGCCCAUUAUCACUCCGGCGUUUCCGAGCAUGUGUGCCACAUACAACAUCUCCAAAUCCGGGAAGAAGGUCAUCUUGAAUGAAUUGAAACGUGGUGGUGAGAUCACCAACAAAAUCUUUGCCGGCAAGGCGAAGUGGAGUGACUUGUUCAAAAAGCAUACCUUCUUCACUGCAGACCACAAGUACUACCUCAGCAUCACUGCCAGCUCUCUGAAUGCCGACUCUGCCAAAGCAUGGGCAGGCCUGGUCGAAUCUAAAGUGCGUAUAUUUGUGAUGCAGCUGGAAGGUAUCCCAGAUAUCGAAUUGGCCCGUCCCUUCACCAAGGGGUUCAAACGUGUCCACAAGUGUGCAGAUGAGACACAGAUCCGGGAAGUUCAAAAGGGGACCAUGAAGUACAAGGUGGACGAGACGAAAACUAUGGAAUCCACCGACCCCGAACUUGUCACCACCAAUGGUGAAGGCGCCACUGUUCCAUCGGUUGACAGCGCGAAGCCGGAGAACGAACAAGGCGCUUUCACCGUCUAUACCUACAGUUUCUACAUCGGCAUCGACACUACUGCCAAGAGUCUGAACCUGGUCCCGGCCUUCCAGGCUUUCAAAGAAAUCUGCGAAAAUUGGGCCGGAUUCAACAGAGAUGUACAUUACUUGAGUCUCUCCUCAUCAAGAAAUUGGGAUCUGCCCGACGAUCUCUUCGACACAAAAGCUGGCGAAGUGAAGCCAACAAAACCGGUCAAGAAGACCGUCAAGACUGCCAAAGCUGGACCCAAGCCGGCGAGGCGGAGUAUCAGUGAAGUCGAGGACGCCGAGGCGAACGGCGACUCUGCGAAACGACAAAAACUGAUGACACCUACUCCUACUCCAACACCCGCUGCUGCACCAACUGCGGCACCAGCAUGA